AUGGUGGAUAAGAUUCCAGAUUAUUUUGCGAAGUGUGAUUUUGGCAGUGAUUUGCCAGCAUCCUGUGAUUGGACCUCUGAGGGACCCAUCAGCGCUCAGAAGGCAACAGAUGAAACAUCUCUCCAUUCUGAGAGUCCAUCUGGUGUGUUUCGCCUUAAGAGUGGAUUUCUUGAGAUCUCAGAAGACUCCUGUCUGGAGUUCUGGUACCAUAAACUUAAGAAGAGUUCUGAACUCAAGGUUUUGCUAGAGGCUGAUUUUCUGCAAACAGUGAUUUGGACCUCAGAGACAUCUAGCACUGGAGACUGGAGACAAGUCUUCGUCCCUCUCACAAAGCAGUCUGACAAAGACAACAUCCAGGUUAUUUUUGAGCGACUGAAAGGUCUGCAAGAUGAUGAACAAACUGCCUUUGACAAAAUAGGAAUACGGAAGGGACAAUGUGGGCCACAAUGUCGGCGAGGAAGCACAUUUUGGACUGAUAAAAGCACUCGCUGCACUUGCACUGAUGAGCAACUCAUCUGUUCUCACGACCCUCGGUCCAAAGAUACUUUUGGCACCUGCCAUGUGGCCUCUGACCCACACUACACUACUUUUGAUGGGGUCAGCUUCCAAUUUAAGAGUCCUUGUACCUACGUCUUGUCAAAGGUCUGCGAUGACUCAGGGUUGCUUCCUGAGUUUGCAGUAGAGGUGCAAAAUGAGAAUAAAGGGGACUCGCACGUAUCCUCCAUUCAGCAGGUGAACAUCAAUGUACAUGGUCUGAGAGUGACCAUGGUGAGGAAAGAGAGGAGCAAAGUCAUGGUUAAUGGGAUUUGGAAGAAUCUCCCUCUACUCCUGCAAAAAAACAAAGUUACGGUUAAUGCCCAGGGAGAUGCUUUGGUCCUUCAGACAGACUUCAAACUGUCUGUCCUCUACUUGAGAUCCGGUGCCGUACAGGUGAUUGUCCCCAGCCAUUACUCAAACAGAAUCUGUGGCAUGUGUGGUAACUUUAACCACGAGACAGAAGACGACUUCAAGAUCCCAGACGGGUCACUGGUGCAGGACACACAUGUUUUAGGGCAGAGUGUGUGUGGGGAACCCACCCUGCUCAGGGUCUGUACAGAUGCAGAGGAACAGAAGUACGCCAGCGAGGUUUACUGCGGCAUUCUAACAUCCAGACAAGGGCUAUUCUCAACGUGCUCAUCUGUUCUGAAUGCAGACAGUUUCUUCCGAAGCUGUAUGUAUGAUAUGUGUACAACUCAUGGAGAUCCCACAGCCCUCUGCGAUGCCAUUGAGGCCUUCAGUGCCACCUGCGACAAAGUUGGGAUCUCUGUUCUGGCCUGGAGGAACACAACAUUCUGUCCUGUGGCGUGUGGCCCUCAAAGCCACUAUAAUACCUGUGCCAGCGGCUGCCCUAAGACCUGCUCCAGCCAGGAUGCUACAGGGUCUUGUGGGAUAUGUGAGGAGCGCUGCGAGUGUGACGAUGGCCUCAUGCUCAGCGGAGGAGCAUGUGUAUCAGCUGAUGACUGUGGAUGCUGGGCUAAUGGACAGCAUUAUUUGGUCAGAGAGACAUUUAUGGAGGGUGAAUGUGAGCAGCAGUGCCAGUGUUUGGGCAAUGGGAACAUUCAGUGUUCUCCUACGUCCUGCAAAACUGAUGAAGUAUGCAUGGUUAAAGACGGAGUCUUGGGUUGCUUUCCGUCCAGCCCGGUGACCUGCAGCGUCUACGGUGACCCUCAUUACAUCACUUUCGAUGGCAAAGCCUACUCCUUCUGGGGCACCUGCAACUACACCAUAGCAAAGACCUGCGGGGCUACUGACACCCUGUUCACAAUAACAGCACGAAAUGAGGGCCAGAACAACUCUGCAACUUCCUCUCUUAACUCUGUAGCUCUUGACAUGGAUGGCCUACAUAUUGUCAUUGGAAAGAACAAGCAGGUUUCUGUAAACGGUGGUCGGGUUCGCCUCCCUGCGGAGUUUGGUUCUUCUGUGUCUGUGUUUCAGUCGGGGCCCUACGCUCAGGUUAAUACAAACUUCGGUCUAAGGCUGCUAUUUGGAAACGCCAGGCUGUUCGUCCAGGUGGAUGAACGCAACAGAGGAGUGUUGUGCGGCCUGUGCGGGACCUACUCCGGAAGUCAGUUUGAUGACUUUCUGACACCGGACGGCAACACAGUAGCGAAUCCGCACGAGUUCGCCAGCAGCUGGAAUACCAACGAAAGCGACUGGACUUGCACUAAUGGCUCUCCAAACCCCCCUGAGUGUCAUCCAGACCUGGAGAAUGAUGCAUAUACAAAGUGCAGUGAACUGUUUGAAGAUGCUUUCAAAGAGUGCCACUGGUUUGUUCCACCACAGAUUUAUGUCAGCAGCUGUGUUUCUGAUUACUGUAUUUCCAAGGGUGACAAAGCUCAGCUCUGCACCUCUUUGGAGGACUAUGUGUCUGCUUGUGAAAUAGCUGAGGUCCUUCUGCCAGACUGGAGGAAUCACACCUUGUGUUUUGCUGAUCCACUGCCAACAGAUGACCCCAAACCAAGUCCAUCUUCAGCAAGUUGCCCAUGGAGCUGUAACUUUGAGCAGGAUGAAUGUGGGUGGGAACAACUUAUCCAAGACAGUUUUGAUUGGACCAGAUGGUCAGGGUCAACGCCAACAAACUUCACUGGGCCAGCCGGUGACCACACCACAGGAAGUGGCUAUUACAUGUAUAUAGAGGGGGAUAGUGUGGUUCAUGGCGACUCAGCCCGAAUAAUGACCCCCGUCUGCCACACAACUGGCAAGCAGUGUUUGAGCUUCUGGUUUCACAUGUAUGGCUUGGCAAAUGCUAUGUUACUCAACCUCUACAUAUUUGAGAACGGUCGUGUCUUCAAAAUAUGGUCUAGAACUAACAACCAGGGCAACAGUUGGUACCAAGGCCAGGUUGAAAUCCAACCACAACAGUCAUUCCAGAUCAUCAUUGAAGGCAUCAGGGGCUCAAAUCCUCGCUCAGAUGUGUCCAUAGAUGAUGUGUCCAUAAUGCAUGGUGCAUGUGUCCAAGAUUUGGACUCGACCACUCUUGCACCCCAUCCAUCUACUCCAAACUUACAUGACCCCCAUCCAAAUUGCAGAAUGAACUGUGAUUUUGAAAGAGACAUUUGCAGUUGGACUCAACCAGUGACUGAUGUUUUUGAUUGGACAAGACACAAAGGCUCCACCCCCACAUCAAUGACUGGUCCCUCCUCUGACCACACAACAGGAAGUGGGUUUUACAUGUACAUUGAGGGUGACAGUGCUGUCCAUGGCGACACGGCCCGUCUCCUCAGUGCAGAAUGUGCUGAUCCUCAACCUCAGUGUCUUCAGUUCUGGUAUCACAUGUAUGGCUCCAGCUGGACCAUGGGACUGAGUGUCUACCUGCUGCAAUAUGGCAAUGUGGCUAAAGAGGUGUGGAGAAUGAGAGAAGACCAAGGAAACAUGUGGCAUCUUGCACGGGUGGACCUGAGACCAGAUGUUAAGUUCCAGGUGAUCUUUGAGGGGCGUAGAGGAAGCUCAGCCCGGUCAGAUGUUGCCAUUGAUGAUGUCUCACUGCACAGAGGAGCCUGUAGCGAUUUACCAAACCAGGCAGCUCCAUCUUCAGUUCCAUUGCCACCAGCUGCAAUGAUGCCACAACCUGCACCCAUCCAAACUGCAGAAAUACCAAACACCUCAGCUUCUUGUAGCAUUGACUGUGAUUUUGAAAAAGACAUUUGUGCUUGGACUCAGCUGGCAACUGACGUUUUUGAUUGGACAAGAAAUGGAGGCUCCACCCCCACAUCAAUGACUGGUCCCUCCUCUGACCACACAACAGGAAGUGGGUUUUACAUGUACAUUGAGGGUGACAGUGCUGUCCAUGGCGACACGGCCCGUCUCCUCAGUGCAGAAUGUGCUGAUCCUCAACCUCAGUGUCUUCAGUUCUGGUAUCACAUGUAUGGCUCCAGCUGGACCAUGGGACUGAGUGUCUACCUGCUGCAAUAUGGCAAUGUGGCUAAAGAGGUGUGGAGAAUGAGAGAAGACCAAGGAAACAUGUGGCAUCUUGCACGGGUGGACCUGAGACCAGAUGUUAAGUUCCAGGUGAUCUUUGAGGGGCGUAGAGGAAGCUCUGCCCGGUCAGAUGUUGCCAUUGAUGACGUCUCACUGCACAGAGGAGCCUGUAGCGAUUUACCAAACCAGGCAGCUCCAUCUUCAGUUCCAUUGCCACCAGCUGCAAUGAUGCCACAACCUGCACCCAUCCAAACUGCAGAAAUACCAAACACCUCAGCUUCUUGUGGCAUCAGCUGUGAUUUUGAAAAAGACAUUUGCACUUGGACUCAGUUGGCGACUGACGUUUUUGAUUGGACAAGAAAUGGAGGCUCCACCCCCACAUCAAUGACUGGUCCCUCCUCUGACCACACAACAGGAAGUGGGUUUUACAUGUACAUUGAGGGUGACAGUGCCGUCCAUGGCGACACGGCCCGUCUCCUCAGUGCAGAAUGUGCUGAUCCUCAACCUCAGUGUCUUCAGUUCUGGUAUCACAUGUAUGGCUCCAGCUGGACCAUGGGACUGAGUGUCUACCUGCUGCAAUAUGGCAAUGUGGCUAAAGAGGUGUGGAGAAUGAGAGAAGACCAAGGAAACAUGUGGCAUCUUGCACGGGUGGACCUGAGACCAGAUGUUAAGUUCCAGGUGAUCUUUGAGGGGCGUAGAGGAAGCUCAGCCCGGUCAGAUGUUGCCAUUGAUGACGUCUCACUGCACAGAGGAGCCUGUAGCGAUUUACCAAACCAGGCAGCUCCAUCUUCAGUUCCAUUGCCACCAGCUGCAAUGAUGCCACAACCUGCACCCAUCCAAACUGCAGAAAUACCAAACACCUCAGCUUCUUGUGGCAUCAGCUGUGAUUUUGAAAAAGACAUUUGUGCUUGGACUCAGUUGGCGACUGACGUUUUUGAUUGGACAAGAAAUGGUGGCUCCACCCCCACAUCAAUGACUGGUCCCUCCUCUGACCACACAACAGGAAGUGGGUUUUACAUGUACAUUGAGGGUGACAGUGCCGUCCAUGGCGACACGGCCCGUCUCCUCAGUGCAGAAUGUGCUGAUCCUCAACCUCAGUGUCUUCAGUUCUGGUAUCACAUGUAUGGCUCCAGCUGGACCAUGGGACUGAGCGUCUACCUGCUGCAAUAUGGCAAUGUGGCUAAAGAGGUGUGGAGAAUGAGAGAAGACCAAGGAAACAUGUGGCAUCUUGCACGGGUGGACCUGAGACCAGAUGUUAAGUUCCAGGUGAUCUUUGAGGGGCGUAGAGGAAGCUCAGCCCGGUCAGAUGUUGCCAUUGAUGAUGUCUCACUGCACAGAGGAGCCUGUAGCGAUUUACCAAACCAGGCAGCUCCAUCUUCAGUUCCAUUGCCACCAGCUGCAAUAAUGCCACAACCUGCACCCAUCCAAACUGCAGAAAUACCAAACACCUCAGCUUCUUGUAGCAUCGACUGUGAUUUUGAAAAACACAUUUGUGCUUGGACUCAGCUGGCAACUGACGUUUUUGAUUGGACAAGAAAUGGAGGCUCCACCCCCACAUCAAUGACUGGUCCCUCCUCUGACCACACAACAGGAAGUGGGUUUUACAUGUACAUUGAGGGUGACAGUGCCGUCCAUGGCGACACGGCCCGUCUCCUCAGUGCAGAAUGUGCUGAUCCUCAACCUCAGUGUCUUCAGUUCUGGUAUCACAUGUAUGGCUCCAGCUGGACCAUGGGACUGAGUGUCUACCUGCUGCAAUAUGGCAAUGUGGCUAAAGAGGUGUGGAGAAUGAGAGAAGACCAAGGAAACAUGUGGCAUCUUGCAUGGGUGGACCUGAGACCAGAUGUUAAGUUCCAGGUGAUCUUUGAGGGGCGUAGAGGAAGCUCAGCCCGGUCAGAUGUUGCCAUUGAUGAUGUCUCACUGCACAGAGGAGCCUGUAGCGAUUUACCAAACCAGGCAGCUCCAUCUUCAGUUUCAUUGCCACCAGCUGCAAUGAUGCCACAACCUGCACCCAUCCAAACUGCAGAAAUACCAAACACCUCAGCUUCUUGUGGCAUCAGCUGUGAUUUUGAAAAAGACAUUUGCACUUGGACUCAGUUGGCGACUGACGUUUUUGAUUGGACAAGAAAUGGAGGCUACCCCACAUCAAUGACUGGUCCCUCCUCUGACCACACAACAGGAAGUGGGUUUUACAUGUACAUUGAGGGUGACAGUGCCGUCCAUGGCGACACGGCCCGUCUCCUCAGUGCAGAAUGUGCUGAUCCUCAACCUCAGUGUCUUCAGUUCUGGUAUCACAUGUAUGGCUCCAGCUGGACCAUGGGACUGAGUGUCUACCUGCUGCAAUAUGGCAAUGUGGCUAAAGAGGUGUGGAGAAUGAGAGAAGACCAAGGAAACAUGUGGCAUCUUGCACGGGUGGACCUGAGACCAGAUGUUAAGUUCCAGGUGAUCUUUGAGGGGCGUAGAGGAAGCUCAGCCCGGUCAGAUGUUGCCAUUGAUGACGUCUCACUGCACAGAGGAGCCUGUAGCGAUUUACCAAACCAGGCAGCUCCAUCUUCAGUUCCAUUGCCACCAGCUGCAAUGAUGCCACAACCUGCACCCAUCCAAACUGCAGAAAUACCAAACACCUCAGCUUCUUGUGGCAUCAGCUGUGAUUUUGAAAAAGACAUUUGCACUUGGACUCAGUUGGCGACUGACGUUUUUGAUUGGACAAGAAAUGGAGGCUCCACCCCCACAUCAAUGACUGGUCCCUCCUCUGACCACACAACAGGAAGUGGGUUUUACAUGUACAUUGAGGGUGACAGUGCCGUCCAUGGCGACACGGCCCGUCUCCUCAGUGCAGAAUGUGCUGAUCCUCAACCUCAGUGUCUUCAGUUCUGGUAUCACAUGUAUGGCUCCAGCUGGACCAUGGGACUGAGUGUCUACCUGCUGCAAUAUGGCAAUGUGGCUAAAGAGGUGUGGAGAAUGAGAGAAGACCAAGGAAACAUGUGGCAUCUUGCACGGGUGGACCUGAGACCAGAUGUUAAGUUCCAGGUGAUCUUUGAGGGGCGUAGAGGAAGCUCAGCCCGGUCAGAUGUUGCCAUUGAUGACGUCUCACUGCACAGAGGAGCCUGUAGCGAUUUACCAAACCAGGCAGCUCCAUCUUCAGUUCCAUUGCCACCAGCUGCAAUGAUGCCACAACCUGCACCCAUCCAAACUGCAGAAAUACCAAACACCUCAGCUUCUUGUGGCAUCAGCUGUGAUUUUGAAAAAGACAUUUGCACUUGGACUCAGUUGGCGACUGACGUUUUUGAUUGGACAAGAAAUGGAGGCUCCACCCCCACAUCAAUGACUGGUCCCUCCUCUGACCACACAACAGGAAGUGGGUUUUACAUGUACAUUGAGGGUGACAGUGCUGUCCAUGGCGACACGGCCCGUCUCCUCAGUGCAGAAUGUGCUGAUCCUCAACCUCAGUGUCUUCAGUUCUGGUAUCACAUGUAUGGCUCCAGCUGGACCAUGGGACUGAGUGUCUACCUGCUGCAAUAUGGCAAUGUGGCUAAAGAGGUGUGGAGAAUGAGAGAAGACCAAGGAAACAUGUGGCAUCUUGCACGGGUGGACCUGAGACCAGAUGUUAAGUUCCAGGUGAUCUUUGAGGGGCGUAGAGGAAGCUCAGCCCGGUCAGAUGUUGCCAUUGAUGAUGUCUCACUGCACAGAGGAGCCUGUAGCGAUUUACCAAACCAGGCAGCUCCAUCUUCAGUUCCAUUGCCACCAGCUGCAAUAAUGCCACAACCUGCACCCAUCCAAACUGCAGAAAUACCAAACACCUCAGCUUCUUGUAGCAUCGACUGUGAUUUUGAAAAAGACAUUUGUGCUUGGACUCAGCUGGCAACUGACGUUUUUGAUUGGACAAGAAAUGGAGGCUCCACCCCCACAUCAAUGACUGGUCCCUCCUCUGACCACACAACAGGAAGUGGGUUUUACAUGUACAUUGAGGGUGACAGUGCUGUCCAUGGCGACACGGCCCGUCUCCUCAGUGCAGAAUGUGCUGAUCCUCAACCUCAGUGUCUUCAGUUCUGGUAUCACAUGUAUGGCUCCAGCUGGACCAUGGGACUGAGUGUCUACCUGCUGCAAUAUGGCAAUGUGGCUAAAGAGGUGUGGAGAAUGAGAGAAGACCAAGGAAACAUGUGGCAUCUUGCACGGGUGGACCUGAGACCAGAUGUUAAGUUCCAGGUGAUCUUUGAGGGGCGUAGAGGAAGCUCAGCCCGGUCAGAUGUUGCCAUUGAUGACGUCUCACUGCACAGAGGAGCCUGUAGCGAGAUCACUCUCUUGGAGACGCAUGGAAAUUAUGACAGCAUAAGCGAAAAUAUCAUGGAUGAGGAGGUGGCUAAGAAAGAAAGCUGGAAAGCAACAUAUGACAAAAUCACAGCAAGAAGAAGGCGGUCACUACUGUUUAGGGAACGUUCUCGGGCUUGAGCUGGAACACUACGAGGCAAACCAUUAGCUGAAAGCACCUGUCAUCUGUCAAUAUGAACCCACUCAACAUCAAAGCUCAAGAGCUACUCAGACCAGUUUUAGCAAGGUCAUUUGAGGUGUUGUUUUUCUAGGAAAUAUCUUUUACAUCGUUAUUUCAUAUUAUGAUUUACAAAAAAGAUGCGUUUUCCCCUAAAAUCACUGUGAUUUUUUUUUUCUUCCUCAAGUUUACGUCUCCUAGCAGAGUAACCACUUUACAUUGAUCAUGAGAAUGUUACACAAAUAUUUAAACAUCCAUAUAACGCCUGAAUACUUAUUUUAAUUUUCAACAAUUAAUCUGUUUUAUCAUUUAUAAAACUAGCUAAAUUCUUGUUGCUGAAUGUUUUAUGUGCAUGCAUGUUAUCUGUAAGUCUGUGUUUUUGUCUUUCAUUUAAUAAACAUUAAUUUCAUUG